CUCAGAUACCCUAGGUUUUUAAAUUACAAAAUGAGCAAACGAAAGUCAAUUUCUGACUCCAGCAUGCCAAAUAAAGACAUUGUUGACUUUUUACUGGAACUUGCAAAUUAUGAGAAGAAUGUGACAAGGCAGGUGCAUAAAUACAAUGCAUACAGGAAAGCUGCUGGCUCCGUAUCGAAACACACUGCUCCAAUCACAAGUGGCAAGCAAGCGAAGGCACUGGAUGGAGUUGGUGAGAAGAUAGCAAAGAAAAUAGAUGAGUUUCUUGCUACCGGCAAGCUUGAAAAAUUAGAAAAAAUAAGAAAAGAUGAGAUGAGCACGUCCAUUGCUGAGCUUACCAAAGUUACUGGGAUCGGGCCUGUUGCUGCCAGGAAAUUUUUUGACAAAGGAAUCAAAUCCAUCGAAGAUCUCAAGAAACAUGUUGAUCAACUGAAUCAUCACCAAAAAAUUGGACUGAAAUAUUUUGAGGAGUUGGACAAGAGGAUUCCAAGAAAUGAAAUGCUGGAACUUGAGAAAGUCAUAAAGGAAGAAGUGAAUGGAGUGGAUGCCCUGUACAUAGCUGAAAUAUGCGGAAGUUUCAGAAGGGGAGCCGAGAUGAGCGGUGAUGUCGAUGUUCUCCUAACCCACCCUUCGUUCACCUCACAGUCCAAGCAACAUGCUGCAUUGCUCCAGGCAGUGGUCGAGCGGUUGAGGUCAGUCACAUUCAUUACCGAUACUUUAUCUUUGGGAGACACCAAGUUUAUGGGUAUAUGCAAACUGACUGACGACGAUGAUGAUGAUGACGGUGGCAAGAAGCACGGCCAUCGCAGAUUGGAUAUAAGAUUGAUACCUCACGACCAAUACCCAUGCGCUCUCCUCUACUUCACUGGUAGUGACGUAUUCAACAAGAACAUGCGUACACUGGCUCUCAGCAAGGGUUUCACCAUCAACGAAUACUGCAUCAGACCCCUCGGAACUACUGGUGUGCCAGGUGAACCACUGGAUGUAACGUGCGAGAAAGAUAUUUUCGAUUACAUUGGAAUGGAAUUCAAGGAGCCGCCAGAAAGGAAUGAUUAAUUCUGCUGCGAUCUCCAAUACGAAUUAUAUUCCAAACUAUAUCUUUUUUAAAUUAUUUGUAGAAAUACAAUUAACUUUAUUACUUUUUUAGCAAUUUUUUGUCUCUUGUACUGUAUGGUUAUUUUUUGAUGAAUAUUAUUU